GGAGCUGAUAAAACAUUUUUCUAAAAAAAAUUAAAAAAAAAAAAGACAAACUUUGAGCAAAAGAUUUCUGAAUCCUAAAUUACUCAUCAGCAUGAUAUGAAUCUCUCUACAAUUAACUGCGCCUCUUCUCUUAACCUUCCUCCUCUUUACGCCGCGCACCGUACCAGGGUCGGUGUUGCUGAGAAUGUCGCGAUUGAAGGUCGGAAUCUCAACUUUUCCAUUACGACGAGACAGGGGAAAUCGCUGCCAAUUCUCAGGGACUGCUCCAUACGGAUUCCUUCAGGACAGUUGUGGAUGCUUCUUGGCCCUAAUGGAUGUGGAAAAUCUACACUCUUGAAGAUAUUGGCUGGUUUGUUGAACCCCACGAGUGGAACUGCCUAUGUGACUCGACCAAGGAGCUUUGUUUUCCAGAAUCCAGACCAUCAGGUGGUGAUGCCAACAGUAGAAGCUGAUGUGGCAUUUGGUCUUGGCAAGUAUAGUUUGACUACUGAUGCUGUCAGAUCCAGGGUGUUAAAAGCUCUAGAUGCAGUUGGCAUGUCUGACUACACGCAGAGGCAAGUUCAAACUCUCAGUGGUGGUCAGAAACAAAGGGUUGCCAUUGCCGGUGCUCUAGCUGAAGCAUGUAAAGUGUUGUUGUUAGAUGAGCUCACAACCUUUUUAGAUGAAAGUGAUCAGAUUGGAGUGAUCAAAGCUGGAAAUCCAAAUGGAAUAAGAAAGAGAAAGAAACAAUAA